UACUUAUUUAAACCCCCUAUUUUCAGUUAACUUAGCAUGUUAGUUGUUGUCUCCAGAACAGCUUGGAUUAACCAGAAUUGACUGUUCAAAAGAGUCGGUUCAAAAGAAAGAACAAAAAGAACAAGCUUGCGAAUCGGACAAACAUCGCUUACUUCCGUUUAGAUUCUAGACGUUGUUGACAAUGUAACUAGGCGGUUUUGUUCUCUUAUCACUGCUAAACUGUUUAUGGGUGCCUUUAGCUCUUCAGAUAUGGAUGUCGACAAGUUUUUCCUAUUUCUUUGUUGUGUGCUGUUGACUGUAGGACUGACAGAAGGCAGGCUCCGGCGCACGAGACGCAGCGCCUGUGAGUUUGGGACUUACCAGCAUGAGGGGAAAACUUGCUGCCUUUGUAUGAAAGGUUACCGGGUCUUAAGUGACUGCACAGACAAAAAUGAAACGUAUUGUGAGAGGUGUGAAGAUAGAACCUAUAUGGAUCACCCAAACAGUGAUCACAAAUGCCAGCCUUGUAAAAUCUGUGAACCCAAUGCUAACAUGGAGAUAAAGGACAGAUGUUCGCUGUAUUCCAACACUGUCUGCAGGUGCAAGGAGAAUUUUUAUUGUGACCGUAGUGCCGGGUGCAAGGUCUGUCACCCCUGUGACACGUGUGAAGAACAUGGACUGAAACAACCAUGUACAGAAUUCAACAACACUGUGUGCCACGAUGCCACAGGGCCUGCUGGGACCAUUGUAGCUGUUUUGGUGACGCUCAUACUCGUGGCUAUUGUGGUGGUCUUUCUUCUAUGGAAAAAACGAAAGUUGUGUUUUAAGGACAAACAGAAACAAGAUCCAUCCAGACCUGAGGAAGACCUUCCCCUGAAAGAUGUAGACCUGAACCCUCACUUGUCAGAAAUUUCUGAUGUUCUGAGUUGGAGAACGAUGAAGCGUAUUGCCCAUCGCAGUGGCAUGCGUGAAACUGACAUUGAGGCACAUGAGCUUAACCACAGUAAUGACGCAAAAGAACGGACUUUCACACUUCUGCAAGCAUGGUCCCAGAGUCAAGGUUUACAUGGAGCCUACCCACAGCUCAUCAAAACUCUUCGUCAAAUGAAUGAAAGAAGAGCCGCAGAUAAUAUCCGGAAAAUUGUUGAGAAAGAAGCUCAGCCACAUACUGAAUGAGACGUGUGAACUUGGGGUGUGUGAUGCCUACGAUAAUCAUAAUUGUUGUUUAAAUAUGUGAUUUGACAUUAUAGAGUAUGUAACGGCUUUGCAUUAAGCCGCCGCCGUUGAUAAUAAGAGCGAGCAAGUUUUCGAACGUGUACAACGGAGUCCGUGCAAGCGGAAAUAGAUGCAAACAAAUGUCUUUUUUUAUUUGUGCUCCAGUAGCAAAAUAUCUCAAAACAACUUGCUGUGAGGGUUCCUUGUUCACUAAACUUUACAAUUAAAGUCCAGACCUUGCAAACACAGCAUACAAACACAGUCCAUCUUACACGCUAUCCUGCUGUGCGGUCAAAAACGGUGUGCUGUCUAAUUAGCAACGUGUACACACCUGACUCAUACACCAAUGCUGCAAUUAUACUGUGUCACACUGCUAACCAGUGCCAAAGUAUAUAAUUGUAUGAAAUCGGCUCCUACAAAGUAGAAAAAACAAAACAAAAACACACUUAGAGAGUGCAUACACUAUGAGAUGUAGGUUAGACCACUGCGCAAACAUUUGGAAUUCCCACAAGAUAAGGAAACAAAUAUGGACCUGUAUGAUUUUGUAUGUCUUUUAUAUUUAUAUAAUGUGAUAUAGUUAAUAUCACACGGAGGGGGACGUUUUUCUUUAAAUAUCAGCACAAUUGGUUUGAUGAACAGCAAUAACCGUAAGUUAAUGUGACUUACAUUUUAGACACAACAGUUCUUGUUUUUGCUGUAAUUCAACAAUGAAAAUAAUUUUAAACAAAGCCACAGCAGAGCUGUUUAGCUACAGUGUUUCGUUACUGAAUCAAUCAGGCAUUUGAAUGAAUCAGUUGAGUGAAUGACUCACUCAUGCAGUAUAUUUAAAGUAUAUUUUCCCUUUUUCCCCCCAAAUCAUUUUAAACAUCACUAAUGAACGUUUUGUAAAAAAAAAAAAAAAAAAAAAAAAAAAUUAAAA